GACGCUGGGCAGUAACGUUGUUGGUGUCUGAGCAGAGCAGUGUGGCAGGAAAAAAAGCUGUAACGUUAACGUUACUGUAAAUCUGUGAGUCUGUCGGAGAAUCGGUUCCUCUUCAGCCAGCGCCCAUGGACGACGCCCAGGAACAACACACCCCCAUCAGGAACAAAUAAACCGUCAGGGCGAGGCUUUGUUCCCUCGGUUUAUCCCAGUGGACCGUUCACCUAUGAUGGAACGGGCGAUGGAGCAGCUCAACGUACAGCUCAACCGGCUGACCCGUUCCCUCCGCCGGGCCAGGACCGUAGAACUCCCGGAAGACAAUGAGACUGCAGUGUACACACUCAUGCCAAUGGUCAUGGCUGACCAGCACAGGUCAGUGUCAGAGCUGCUGCUUAACUCCAAGUUUGAUGUCAACUACGCCUUCGGACGAGUGAAGAGAAGUCUGUUACACAUCGCUGCCAACUGUGGCUCAGUGGAGUGUCUGGUUCUGCUGCUGAAGAGAGGAGCCAACCCAAACUAUCAGGACAUCUCAGGCUGUACUCCUCUGCACCUCGCUGCUAGGAACGGACAAAAGAAGUGUAUGGGCAAACUGCUGGAAUAUAAUGCUGAUGUCAACAUCUGCAACAAUGAGGGACUGACUGCUAUCCACUGGUUGGCAGUGAAUGGAAGAACGGAGCUCCUCCAUGAUCUGGUCCAGCAUGUAUCCAAUGUGGAUGUGGAAGACGCCAUGGGACAGACAGCUCUACAUGUGGCCUGUCAGAAUGGACACAAAACUACGGUGUUGUGUCUUCUGGACAGUGGAGCUGACAUCAAUCGGCCCAACGUCUCUGGAGCCACACCCCUUUACUUUGCCUGCAGUCAUGGCCAAAGAGACACAGCGCAGAUCCUGCUCUCUCGAGGUGCCAAAUACCUUGCUGACAAGAAUGGAAUCACUCCUCUGGAUCUCUGUGUGCAGGGUGGAUAUGGGGAGACCUGUGAGAUCCUCAUCCAGCACCACGGCAGACUUUUCCAGACCCUCAUCCAGAUGACACAAAAUGAUGAUAUGAAGGAGAACAUGCUCAGGCAGGUCCUGGAGCAUGUCUCUCAGCAGAGUGACAGUCAUUACCAGAGGAUCUUGACCAGUCUUGCUGAGGUGGCUACCACCAAUGGACACAAGCUUCUCAGCCUGUCCAGCAGUUAUGAAGCUCAGAUGAAGAGUCUGCUGAGAAUCGUUCGUAUUUUCUGCCAUGUGUUUCGCCUGGGGCCUUCAUCCCCCAACAAUGGCAACGACAUGGGGUACAACGGCAACAAGACACCUCGCAGCCAGGUCUUUAAGAUGUGUGUGAGACAGAUGGAGAUGGAGACGGUACAAAAAGCUGAAUGUUCCUGGACAGGUUCUGCUGUCUUUGAUCCUUUGGAGCUGCUGUGGCACUCCCUGGAUGAGUGGCUGGUGCUUAUCUCCACAGAGCUGGACAGGAACAGGAAGAACCCGUCUUCCUCCUCAUCCAGCAGCGAGAUAGCUUCUCUGCUUCUGAAACAGCGAGAGGUCGACCACUCCGGAUCCACACCUAAACUCCCCUCCUUACUGGACCCUCAGACUGUCAUGGAAACAGAGGUCUAUGCUGACGGCGAGGAUGUCAUCUCCAUGACGGCCAAUCGACUCAGCGCUGUGAUCCAGGCCUUCUAUAUGUGCUGCUCCUGUCAGAUGCCACAAGGAAUGACGUCUCCUCGCUUUAUCGAGUUUGUCUGCAAGCACGAUGAGGUGCUCAAGUGUUUUGUAACCAGGAAUCCAAAGAUCAUCUUUAACCACUUCCAUUUCCUCCUAGAGUGUCCAGAGUUGAUGUCACGCUUCAUGCAUAUUAUUAAGGGCCAGCCCUUCAAGGAUCGCUGUGAGUGGUUCUAUGAGCAUCUGCUGGCCGGCCAGCCAGACUCAGACAUGGUUCACCGUCCGGUCAACGAGAACGACAUCCUGCUCAUCCACAGAGAUUCCAUAUUCAGGAGUAGCUGUGAGAUGGUUUCCAAGUCCACCAAUGAGAAACUCAAACAGGGUAUUGCUGUUCGCUUCCAUGGCGAGGAAGGCAUGGGCCAGGGUGUGGUUCGGGAGUGGUUUGACAUCCUGUCCAAUGAGAUCAUCAACCCAGACUAUGCUCUGUUCACCCAGUCAGCUGAUGGUACCACUUUUCAGCCCAACAGUAACUCAUCUGUGAACCCAGACCACCUAAACUAUUUCCGGUUCGCAGGUCAGAUCCUGGGUCUGGCUCUGUACCACCGACAGCUGGUCAACAUCUACUUCACCCGCUCCUUCUACAAACACAUCCUGGGUAUCCCAGUGAACUACCAGGACGUGUCGUCCAUUGAUCCAGAGUAUGCAAAGAACCUGCAGUGGAUCCUGGACAACGACAUUAGUGAUCUGGGUCUGGAGCUCACCUUCUCUGUAGAGACGGACGUGUUUGGGGCCAUGGAGGAAGUGCCGCUGAAACCUGGAGGGACCAGCAUCCUGGUCACCCAGGACAACAAGGCCGAGUACGUCCAGCUGGUGACGGAGCUGAGGAUGACACGAGCCAUCCAGCCUCAGAUAAACGCCUUCCUGCAAGGAUUCCACACCUUCAUCCCCCCCUCGCUCAUCCAGCUUUUCGACGAAUACGAAUUGGAGCUCCUGCUGUCAGGGAUGCCAGAGAUCGAUGUGCAGGACUGGUGCAGGAACACUGAGUACACCAGUGGAUAUGACCCUCAGGAGCCAGUCAUCCAGUGGUUCUGGGAGGUGGUGAACAGCCUGACACAGGAGGAACGAGUUCUUCUACUUCAGUUUGUUACUGGAAGUUCCAGGGUUCCUCAUGGGGGCUUUGCCUACCUGAUGGGAGGCAGUGGUUUACAGAAGUUCACCGUUGCUGCAGUGCCAUACACCUCCAACCUACUGCCUACCUCUAGUACCUGCAUCAACAUGCUGAAACUCCCAGAAUACCCGAGCCAGGAGGUCUUGAGAGACCGGCUGCUGGUUGCGCUGCACUGUGGGAGCUAUGGCUACACCAUGGCGUAAACAUCCCAUCAGGUCCUGCUGCCGGCAGGGUCUGCAGACUCAUGCAACACUCCUUCACAGACACUCUUUUUGCAGUCAGCCGCUACUUUUGCUGGACAAAAAAGGGAAAUCCAGAUUGUUAUUAAAGAGCUGCUGAAGAGGCACACAGACUGAUGGAGACCACAGGCUCUGGAUCUCCACACCUGUGCCACAACUUCUAUUUUUUCAAUUCAAGCUGGCCAUUUAUGCAGAGAAUAAUUCAGUAUCUUCUAAACUGGACUAUUUUUCAUAUAUACAUUUAUUUAAGAAAAAAACUGCAUUUAUACCCCUUCAAACACAGGUAAUAAUCACAUAUUCAUGCAUGCUUACUGAAUGUCAGAUAUUUAUUUUGUUUACAGAGCUUUCCAUAUGGAACCAGUGUAGAAUUAAUCCGUUUCAAACAUGGAAUCAAUCAAAAUGCAUCAUAUUCAUAUCCUAGCUUCACAGUGCAGGUUUCUUUAAUGGACCAGCAUCAGGCUCACACGUACUGCUAAGUCUACAGUUUGUUCUGACUAAUUUUAAGACUUUUAUUUUUGUUUUUCGUUGUUUUUUGCAUCCCUCUCACAGUUUUAACAGUCCUUGUCUUUUAGGCUAGUAGCUCUUCUCCUCUACCAAAAGCACUUACUGUCAGGGCUGGUAUUAUCAAAGGUUUAAGAUGCCAAGCUGCCAAUGUGAUAGCUGAUUUUAGUUUUUUGAUACUUUAUUGCACUGUGAAGAAACCAAAAACCUUUAUUUUGUUUAACAAAAUAAGCCAAACGUAAGAAAAUCCAGUAAAAACCAAUGCACUGAAUGGUCAAAAGUGUGUAGACAGCGUAACAUUCACGCCAUGCGUCGUAGUUGAUCUUAUCAUUCCACAACCAGAGGCGUUCAUGUGCUGCUGUAACAGCCCUCACCCCAUUGCUCUCAGGCUGAAGGAGUUUGCUCCCAUUCAGGAGCAUCAGUGAGGUCCAGCACUGAUGUUAGCUGAUCAGGCCUGGCUCUCAGUCGGCAUUCAAGUUCAUCCUAAAGGUGCUGAUGGAGUUGAGGUCAGAGCUCUGUGCAGGCCGGUCAGGUUCUGAGAAAACCAUUUCUUCAUCAAACUGGCGUAGUACAUAGUGAAACAGGACAGGGCCACACAUAACUGUUGUAAGAGUUGGAAGAAUAUUACCAUCUAUCAUUGUAUGCUGUAGUAUUAACAUUUACCGUUAUUGGAACUAAGGGGGCCCUAACUGAGAGAAACAAACCCAGGCCAAAAUGCAUGUAGUAUGUGGACGGAAGUGUUUCGAUGGCUGCAUCCAGUGAUUAUUGUCAUUUUCGAUUAAUCUAUUGUUUAUUUUCUCAAUUAAUGUAUAAGUUGUUUGGUUUAUUAAAUGCUGAAAAAUGUUGAUCGUUGUUUCCCAAAGCCCAGCCUGACUUCCUCAGAUUGUUUAGGUCACAACCCAGAGAUAUUCAGUUAACUGUCACAGAAGAGGAAAGAAAAUAUUGAAUUUGUAUAUUAUUGGUAUCAGCCAGUAUUGACUUUAGAAUGAACUAUCAGAAUUAGCCAACAUGCUUUUUCUUACUUUGCACAAUGAAUGAAUAUUGCAUACAUUGAAAAGCAUUCUAUUUCACGUCUCCAUCUGCUGGUGGGCCUUCAGGAUUAUGCAUAAUAUGAUGCUAACUUCACUACAGAAGAGACUUGAUUAUCACUAAAAUUAGGUGGGGAAAAAAGUGGAUAUAUAGAUAUCGGUUAUCGUUCAAAUGAGUUGCUAUGUAUCGGCAUAUUGAAUAUCGGCAAAAAAUCCUAUAUUGUGUAUCCUUAAAAAUUACUCAAGCCAAUUAAGGAAUUAUCAAAUCAGUUAGUAAUUAACUCAAUAGUUGACAAUUAAUUGAUACACAUUGCAGUUCAAGUGUUUAUACAAAUAAUGAUUAUACUCAUUAUUAUAACUUUAUAAAGUUAAGAGUUAAACAACACACGCUUGGUACUUUAGAGUUUGGUUCCAGUUCUAGUCUGAAAAUAUUUUAAUGUGGUGACUUUUAGAUGAACAAAAAAUUCCCCCACCAAAUUUUUGGUGAAGGGUCUCAAAAAUCAUCUAGACCUCAAAAGUAAUUCAUUUACAGAAAAUAUCAAUGAAUAUUUAAAUCAGUAAUUAAAUAUUUGUUACGUGAUCUGAGGUGUUGAGGAUGGAUUCAAGACGUUAAUGUUUAUAUAAUCCUGGCACAUCCUGAUAUUUUACUAAUAUUUGGGAUGCAUGAUAAUAGCAGCACAUAGUAUCAGCCAGUAUCGGCUUUAAAAUGAACUGAAUGGGCUAACGCGCUUUUCUUAUUUUGCACAAUAAAUAAAUAUUACAUACAUGGAAAGGCAUUCUAUUUCAUGUCUUCAUCUGAUGGUGAGCCAUCACAAUAAGAGUAUGCAUGUAUAAUAUGAUAUUAAUUCCACGGUAGGAGAGACUUGAUCACUAAAAUUAGGUGGGGAAAAAAGUGGAUAUAUAGAUAUCAUUUUUUCUUAUCGGUCAAAUGAGUUGUUAUAUAUUGGCAUAUCGGAUAUCAGCAAAAAAUCCUCCCUGACUAAUGAUGUCAGUCGGUUAAAAAAAUAACACUGGCCAGUACCAAUACAGUCAGUGCUUUCAUUGCAGGAAAACAAAAACUAUUAUUUAUUGUUUUUUACCAAGUGAGUACACAUAUUAGAAUGAACAUCAAGGAUAAAUAUUAACUAAUUUCUCUGCAAAAAAUAAGCUGAGUGAAUCAAAGACUGGCCUUAUCCAGCUGUGACAGAACAUGUAUUUGCAGAAGAGAAACUGUAGGUGUUUGACGUACUGUACGGCCAAGGUGUUUUCCAUUGUAGCUGCAUGAACACGCCCCUCCAUCCCUGCAGCAUCAAAUGCACGUGAUCUACUGUGUGAAACUCUUUUUCGUUUUUGAAGUAUUUUGCUGUCAUCUUUCUUUGUGCUUAAUGAAUGCAUAGCAAUCUUCUUUAGUGAUCUGUUUGUGUUUGUCCCUAUUAAGUAGACUUUCUCAAGAAGCAAUACAAUAACUCCACAUGACAAAUGUUUGGCUUGCAGUGCCAAAACCUCAAAGCUGAAAUCCUUUUAAAGACCUUCUCUUAUUUGUAUUUUUGCCUAAACGAACAUGCUGAAAUGUGUUUUUAUUCUGAGAGAUGGGAUCAUGCCAUGAGGUUUUACUUGUUUCCUCGUGUAAAGGGAGUGAACAUGUUGAUUUAAUAUUUCAUAUGAUCUUUCAGUAUUUCAGUAUGUUUUGAAUGCCUUGCCUGAAAUGUAAACUGCUGUUAAUGUUUAAUAUGGAGCCUUUAUAGAUAUUUCUGUAAAUGUCUUCAGUAUCAAAUGAUGUAUUUUACAAUGAAUACUGUAUAUGUUGUGCUUUGAGAUAUUAUCCAAUAAAACUUGUUUUGACAAUC